AGGAAGUGAAACAAUCGUGCGUGCCCGCCGGCCCAUGGGUCAGAUGCUUUUGGGCCUCGUUGUGAGCAUUCAACUUAUUCACACAAAUGCCAAUUCGUUUGCCUGCGACACUGCAUCGUGUGCCCAGCACGACAGGUGGGAGCCCGUUAGCUUCGCCAAUUCAACGGAGGUUUGUGAGCGAUUGCAACUGAAGGCCCUGGAGGAUUUCACGGCGAUUGCUCCACGCAUGUGCCGAGAUUGGGCGGCAGCUGGACUUGGUCCCUGGGGCGACUGUCGAAAAACGUAUUGCCAGGCCUUGGCGGACCUGGCGGGGAAUCUGUCUCAUGAUGGCCGGAACUUGUACUACGGGGGCGACGAGUGCCGACCGCUGGUGAAUUUCAACCAAUCUCUCUGCGAGACGGUGUAUCGUGAUGCUGAGGGCUUCUGUGAGUGCUUGUGUCCCACAUUGGCAAGGCUGCAAACUGCGAGCGUCGGGGACUGUGAAACGAAGAUCAUGUCCUUCUUGUUCCUUGGGCGAAGAGGCGUAGAGCUGGCCCAAAAGUAUGGGCUCAGUGGAUACUGCUCAAACUUUCUUUGUGAGUACUUUACAAUGCUGGGUGAACCAGACCCUCCGUAUCCCAUUGCGGGGCUGCCACCUGUGUGCAAGACGCUUGAUUUGCCAUGGAGACUCUACAACUGCAUUGACUUGCUGUCAAGAAAGCCCUACACUCCGGAACCUUGGCAGACACCAUAUCCGGAGGAUAGCGUACUGGAAUGCACGGAUGGCACCAGACAUCCGGUGGAUAUAGAUCACAUCGACACGUGGGAAGUGUGCACCACGCAUCGAUUUCGAUGGCGAUGCCCUCAAGACUUUCCAAUUAUGUGCUACGAUCCCUACAGAUGCUCAGGGGACCAUUGCUGCAAACAGACAGUGGAGGAGUGUCCGAUGGGUGAACGGGUCGCAUCCUCGAUGCUUGCGCUUGAGCUUCCGGAAUGGACUGGAAAAUGGACACCAGAUAUGGAGAAAGCGCUGGGACCAGCAACCACGCUGGACCCAUACCAGCAGUUUCUUCAAAAUCUCAGGACGACCUCUCCUGCGCCAAGUUUUGCACAGCAGAUUGCUGACUAUGCUUGGGUGGGAACCGCCCUGCUCGCCACAAUUGGGCUCACUUGUUCCUGCCUAGCUUGUUACUACAUGGGAAUGAUCAACGCCAGCUACAUGCGCAAAGUUGUGAUUGGCCCAGCGCGGUUGCUCAACGCAUACCAUGCAGAUCCGGUCACAUUUUUCGCCUCUGGUAACUUGCCUCGGAACAAGAAGCGCGAGGCGCCGCUGCCACCCAUGCGACCAGCACAUGAGAUCGAGGAGGAGCGCAAGGACAACGAAGCCUUUGCAGCCUUGGAAGACGCCUGGGACAUCGCGACAUUGAAGGGAAUGCGGCAUUUGGUAAAUACAGCCAGAGAUCCGGACCCUUUCCAAGCCAAGCUUCUGCGCGACGCCAUUUCGAUUGCCAGAGCUAGAGGUUUGCAGGCACGCAGCCACGUAGCCGGCCUCCUGCAGAAGGGUGAGAGGUGGCUCAACACUUUGGAGGCAGAGAAGGAGCUCUUGCAAGCCAUAGAGGACGCACGGCCGGACCUCCGGUGGGUUGCGCAAACUAGGUUGACGCAGCCCCCCAUACUGGGAAAGCCAUGGCACGCCACCACCUUGAGCAAGGUCGCCGAGGGCGAGGUGCGCAAGACUGGGUGGAAGCACAUCGAAGAUUUGAGGGCAGCAGUGCAGGUGGCAAAGAGCCAGGACAUUUCUGAGUCUCACAUGAACGAGGCGGAGAGGCUCCUGGCGUCUCUGGUGGCCAGAACCCACGAGCUGCCGGCAGAUCGCUGUGUACUGGAUCCUGACGGAGAAGGUGUCAAGCUGCUGCCCAAGGGUCAGCAUCGAGCAGUUUGGCAUAUCACAGGAGACUCCUACACCUUCAAUGAAGGGGCCAACAUGGGAGGUGAUAUGGGCGUCGAUGUGCUCCCUCCCAAAGAUUUGUUGGGCGAUGCGAACAUAGAUGAUGCACGACCGGUAUGUGCCGAGUGGGCAAAGCGUUCCACCUGCAAAGCAGGGCGAGAAUGCCCUUGGAGACACUGCAGGCCGCAGGCAGGGGACUCCAUCAGAGAGUGCAUCCUCUUCGAUAUGUGAUGCGUGUUAAUGAAGCGAUGCGCGCUGCCGAGCAAGUGGU